ACAACGCGGGACAGCACAUGCAAAAGCAGGUUAUCCUUAAUAUCAUAGAAAGUUACUGCUAAGAGGGAUGUUGUUAUUUUAUCUACCAAACGAAUAGAAAUGUACUAGAGAGAAAGAAGAAAGAAAGAGACUCGAGGCUUUCGCCUAGUUACCUCCUUUCGACCUUCUCAACUUUUAACCCCGCCGCGCGCAAGCCUCGCGCUCAGUGAUGCUGACCGACGAGCGCAGAUUAUUUAACAAACAAUUUAGAUCCUGAGCAUCAGUUCUGCUCCAAAAAGGCGAGUAAGUUACUUUUCGUUUUUCCCCUUACGAUAUGCGUAUUCUUCUCCGCCUUUUUAGGGUUUGGGAAACAUUUACAGGAGCGAGCAGAUUUGUCACGGAGGAGAUGCACUGGUGCACUGGUGUUGAUGUGGGUUUUGUCAUCAUUAUUUCAGUGUGAGGGUGGACAUGGCUUGUCAUGAGUGUGUGAAUGAAAAAGGUGUGACGACAGAGUAGGCAUCAUGCUAACGGGUGACAAAAAAUGGAUGGAGAAAACAGAAACGCGACAGAAAAGAGGAGACCAAGAGCAAGUGAGGGAAAUUGUUUGAGAAGAGAGAUUGAAUCAUUCUGAAUUUCGCAGCUAGUCUUUUCAAAUCUGCAUUAAGGGACUUUGGUAAAAGAUUUGGGAGAAAUAAAAAUUCAACUUUUGGACGAUUUUUAAAUUGGUAGCUUACGCCUUCACUUCAGAAUUUAUCAUCAGCAAACAAUGAGUUGUAUUCGAACGGCGUUAUGUCGCAUUUAGAGUUGGGAUCCGUACUGUCCUGUUCUGUCGGUAAUUCUCCAGCGAAGGAUUUUGAGAAAGACAGAAAUUCAGGACAUCACAGCCGGAAAAGAGCCGGGUCGCCACCACCGCAAAUUCAGCUCUCCCAACAGGGCAUGGAAGGUAUCAAAGUUUAUUUGCACGAACGAGAUCUGUGGGCAAAAUUUCAUGAUGUCACUACAGAGAUGAUCAUCACUAAAGCUGGCAGACGAAUGUUUCCCAGCUACAAGGUGAAAGUAACGGGUCUUAACCCUAAAGCAAAAUAUAUCUUACUGAUGGACAUUAUUUCAGCCAACGAGCACCGGUAUAAAUUUGCCGAAAACAAAUGGUCCGUCAAUGGUAAAGCUGAGCCUGCAAUUCCAGGCAGACUUUAUGUCCACCCAGACUCACCAGCUUCAGGUGCUCACUGGAUGAGACAGCUUGUCUCUUUCCAGAAACUCAAACUUACCAACAACCACCUGGACCCUUUCGGACAUAUCAUAUUAAGCUCCAUGCACAAAUACCAGCCUCGGCUACACAUAGUAAAGGCUGAUGAGAGGAACAGCUUUGGCUCCAGCAACACGAGUUUCUGCACACACUCCUUUCCUGAGACAGCUUUCAUCGCUGUGACUUCCUACCAGAACCACACAAUCACUCAAUUGAAGAUUGAGAAUAAUCCAUUCGCCAAAGGCUUCCGUGGAAAUGAUGAUAUCGAGCUGCAUCGCAUGUCCCGUACACCGAGUAAGGAGUACCCGCUGGUUCCACGCAGUACUGCCAGACAUAAGAUGGCUCCACCCUCUCCAGACUGUCCAUCUCAGUCUGAGUUCACCAUGGCUGAGAAACCCAGCCCUGGCUACACCUGUUCUGACAUUUCAGGUGAUCAUGACCACAACCUCACUGAAACUCCUCCCGUCAAUGACCCCGCCUACCAUCUCUUCACCUAUCAACUCUCUCCUGAUGUGGCCACUGCGCACAGUGCUCCCCGCAGUAUGGAUAUGGCGCAGAAUGAGCCUUGCAUGUAUGGAGGGUCUCAAAUGGGCAUAGAGGACCUCAGGUGGGCAUCUUAUAUGGACAACACAACUUAUCAAAGCUUUUCCUCUGCUAAAGAAUUUGGUGGGUCAUUUGCCCCCACCCCUGACUUCUCUCAGGAACUGUAUCCACAAUACACCUGUGAGGUGGGUGUCCAGUCACAUUGCAUGAUGAGUGAUUUCUCAAUUUAUGCCUGCAAUCGAUCGUUCGGCCAAAAUCAACAACCAAACAGCUGGUGUGGGGGCAGCUGAGCAAGUAUGUGUGGCGAGUGUGUGUUCGUGUGAGACUAAGAGUCUGUGAAUCAUUUUGCUAACUUUCCCAUAACUUCACCCUGAAAUCAAAAGGUUUCUGCCUAGUUGAUAAUGAAACACAAUGUCAUCAUUUAUUUAUUCUAGGGCUUUGCAGAAUAAAAGUUUAUGUUUACAUAAUAUCAUUCUGUGUACAGUGCAUAUUUAUUUUGUAUUUAUUAACACAUACACAUACAUGUAUACAUAUUCAGGAAAUAUUAACAUUUAUUUAUUUAGACUUACCAAUAAUUAAAAUUCUAUUUAAAUGUUAAGUCAUUUUUGUAUUUUUCUUAAAUAUAUGCAUGUAGGUGUGUGUUUUUAUAAAUACAAUUCAAAAACCUGUAUUUAUUUAUUUUGUGGAACAGAAAAGAAGAUAUUUUGAGAAACGUCUCAGUGGUUUCGUGUUCCUACCAUGCAGAGGAUGUUGUACCAAUGUUCUUCAAAAUAUCUUCUUUUGUUUUCUGCAAAAAAAGAAAGUUGUGCAGAUUUGGAAUGUUAUAAAAAUGAACAAGAAGGACGUUUCAUUUUCAGAGUUUUUUUAACUUUAGGCUCGUAAUAAUUGAAUGCAUUUAUAUUACAUUUAAUAUAUACCUUUAAAUGAAUAUUUAAUAUUUUGUUAUGCUCACAAAAUAUUUGAGAUAGAACCACAAAGGGCUUGACUAUAAUACUAUAGAAGGUAUAUUCCUUUGGAGAACCAUGUAUGUUCUGAUGCUUCAAAGAACCUAGAAACCAAAACAUGAAUCUGACAAACCUACAAUGAAACAUCAAGAUCAUUUUAAUAUCAACCUCAUAGAUGACCAAAAAAAACUUUAGAAAGAGUUUUAGUAAGUGGUGAAUUCAUUGCAGAACAACAAAUAUCAUUUGUGUGACUUUAUUUUUGAAGUGCGUGUCUAAAUUUUUUAGGAUUUCAGGAUAGCUGAUGAACUGGGAGAUUUUCAUUUGAAGCUGAAAUGCAAAAUCGGAUACCAUUUUCUCUUAUCCUGAUCCUUGUGAUUGUUGUUUGCACGUCCCCUGUCAGUGACAUGUUUUUGUAAAUGAUGAAAUAUGGAGAAUGAUGUGUGAAUCUUUUACAUUAACACACCUCGAAACAGAUAUUUUCUGUAAAAAAUCAAAUCAAACUGUAACAAUGGUUGAGUUGUUUUACUAUGGUCAGUAGUUUUGAUUUGAUCUCUCUAAGAAUAUUUCACUUUAGUAAUGCUGAUGUACAAACACUAACAAGCUGAUAUCCAAAACUCUGGCAGAUAUGAAAUUACAUAAAAUAUUCUAUCCGCCCAACAUGUACAUGCUUCAGCCAUAGAUGAAUUGGAAGGGGACCCUUUAUUUAGUUUAGUUUUAUCUGUGUUAUGAUGGGAAAAGUGAAUGCUGUGUACUGCACGUGUCACAUUCCAUUAAGGGAGCAGUGAUGUUACCGAUCCUGUCAUGGCCCAAGGCAAAAGAUACACAGAGAGAGAUAAAGAGAGGGAGAGAUAGAUAGUGAGAGAGACUGGGGGAGAGGAGGGUAUCAGCUGGACAUUUAUUUAUAGACAACACAGUGCAAUAAGAAUUUCAUGAGUAAACUACCGCCAUUUAAAAUGUUUUUCCCAUGUUGUGAAAUUCAUGUUCUGGGUAUUUAUUAUUACGUCAAUGUGUUAUUAUAAAGUAUUUAUUGCUUUUCAAUACUGUGUUUGUUGAUAUCUAUUUGUAAUGCUGUAGUUUAUUUUUGAGGCAUUUUUGCUUUAGUGUGCGCCAAUUGAAGAAUUUUUGUGUUUUAUGAAGUGUUUUUUUGAAUUGUGUUUAAAUAUGAGACGUAAAUAAAAUGAAAAUCCACAGUC